AUGGCGACAUGCGAAACAAAUAGUCAGACUGAGGCUGGUCUUGAAGCCUGGCAGAGCAGAACAUCUCUUACGGAAUGUAUCAGACAUUCUCUUGACAAUAAAGUGUUCAAUGACGUCACAUUUCGGGUUGGGAGAGAACAGAAGCACGUCCAGGCUCAUAGACUGAUUCUCGGUAUCCGCAGCGGCGUGUUCGAGGCCAUGUUCUACGGGCCAUUGGCAGAGCAGGAUGACAUAGUCAUUCCGGAAGUAGAAUCCGGCAUAUUUGAACAGUUUCUAAGGUACCUCUAUACAGAUGACGUCACAAUGAAUGGUGCCAGUUAUUUUGAGUUUCUUCAGUUGGAAAGUAAGCUGCAGGUAAAACGCAUGCAGGCUGUGGGAAAGGUAAACGUCACCUGUCUGUUCAUCAGUGCAUUUGUCAAGAAGGUUUCCAGCAGGAAAGUUGGCUGGGAAAACGGCUCUUAG